AUAAUCCUCCUCUGCGUUCCUCAUUCAGCUCUUGCAACACUCCAAUAUCUACCUCCGAUGCCCUUCAAGAUCAUCGUUUCAUGGAGGAUGUGGCAGACAAGUUCAGGGAGCAACUACCAGAGUUCCAGAGUAACAACAAAACAAACGCUACUAUUGUUUCGACAACAGCUAUCGUAAACCCAAGCUCAAAUCCCAUGACACCGGCAGUGGACACUGACAAAAGAUCGCAAGACAACGGUAACCAAACUGUUAACCAUCCCGUCUCCGUUUCAUAUCACUACACAGGCCAUGGGCACGUAGCGUAUGACUCGGAAGGUGGCAAUUACUCAAGCAAGUCUGCCGAUGUGGACGUUCACAUUAUCGGACGUAUUCCAGUAUCUCUUCUUUCGUCCAGCUUAUCUGAAGAUCCCAAACAUCACGAUCGUAAAACGUUCAACAAUAUGCACACCUCUGAGUCGUUUUCGAAGGAAGUUUGUCAACUUCAAAUUGACAUUACUCAGCCUGAACCGUUGCUCAGCAAGGAAACAGAUACGUCACUCGAUCGCCAGAGUGACACACUGGAUCGUGCGCAUUCACAACCUGGAGAAAAGCCGCUUAAAUGUAAGCAAUGCGAUAAAUCAUUUUCUGCUCAAUCUUGUUUAAUAACAUCUGAUGAAUGUACACAUCCAGAAGAAAAAUUGUUAAAGUGUAAAGUGUGCGAUAAAACCUUCAAUAGGCGAGCUAAGCUUACCAGUCAUGGACGUGUUCACUCAGGAGAGAAACCCUUUACGUGCAAGCACUGCGAUAAGUCAUUCAGUGACAAAUCCAAUCGUACUGCUCACGAACGUAUCCAUACAGGGGAGAAACGGUUUCAGUGUCAUUACUGUGGUCAAGGUUUUUCCGCCAGUUCCAGCCUUAGAUCUCAUUUACGUACACAUACUGGAGAGAAGCCAUUUCAGUGUAAAUUAUGUGGCAAGGCAUUUAGACAAUUACCACAUCUCACAAGUCAUCAACGCAUCCAUUCUGGAGAGAAACCAUUUCAGUGUAAAUUAUGUGGCAAGGCAUUCAGACAAUUACCACAUCUCACAAGUCAUCAACGCAUCCAUUCUGGAGAGAAACCAUUUUCGUGUAAUGUAUGUGGAAAGUCAUUCAAUCGGAAAUCCAGCAAAACAGCUCAUGCACGAAUCCAUUCCUAACAGCAAGGGAUCAUGUGUGAACGAUCGGGACAAGUCUUUCAUUGCCAAACCACACUUUUCAAGACCUUGAAAAUACAAACACCCUCUAAACAAAAGCUUUUCCAAAAUGAUCUUAAAUCUGACUUCUAAUACCGGUUUUAACCGGGGUAAAUUCAAUGCCAAUGACAGACAGAUCUGAACUCUACUCCUUGGUAACUGCUUACGUACACGCUGAUUUCACCCAUACUAAUAACUACCAUCACAAACAAUAUCUUGUAUCAUUGUCUUCCCGUUGAUAUUGUACUGUUUCAUUCCAUGUUGUCCUUUGCACGUCUCACACAGACGGAACGCAUUUUCCAUUGUUGAUAAACCUGUCCUAUUGAAUGUCGCAAA